UGUCGAUAUAGUUACUAGACAUUGGUAGGUUCAAGUUUAAAUAAGAAUAAUCGUAUCUCUAAUUCCAAAUUCAUUAUAUUUACUACUGUAUCUACUCUAAACUAUUUUUCAUAUAAGCAUCCUCUUAGGGAACCGCUAAGACGAGCACACUAUAUCCGAGCUUCUUGAACUAAAUCUCCUUGGUCAUGGUAGACAGGAUGUCAGGUACUAUCGUUAUUCUGGAUGAGGAUAACCGCCAACUUAGAUUCCAAUACAACUGGCAGGCACAUAGUACCGCCAUCACAGACGGCGCGGCAGGUUUCACACCUUGGCAGUCCAUCGACAUAUUCUUUAAACAGGCCUCUAAGUCUCCUGUGUUUUCAUGCCUAGGUAGGAAUGUAGAAGACACUCACCUCUCGAUCGAGCUAUCCGCCGGCGGUUACCGCCGGAUUAACCCGCAGGAUUUUGGAUCUGCAGCAGCGUUCCGAUUUGUGCUCGAAUGCCUCUCAGCUUCUACUGAUGAAUCCGGAAGUGUCGUUAGGUUAAUCGUACCACUAUCUCGUGGAUAUAUUGUACGAUCUGAUAUCAUCCCAUUGCGACUACUAGACUGCCCGUUGGUGCGAAGCGCUGUGAGCUUCUCAAAGCCGCACCAGUUCUUCGACGGAGAGUCUAUCAGCCUUGAGAAUUUAGAACGGCUUCCGAAUGCCUUUGUAGCAUCUGUGGGAGGCUUGCUUUUGAAAUGCACCGACACGCCUGAGUCGCUGAUAGCUUCUCUGGAUCUCGAGCUGCGGUACCGGUUGUCAUUCCCAUGGCUGUCAACUCAAGUACCUAAACGUCAAACAUUGGCUAUUGUCGACGGAGGUAUUUCUAGUCCUGACCAUGGAGGAACUGGAACAAGCAUAUACGCAGCAGCCGCAGCUUUUGGGAUUGAUAUGGUUGUACUCGACAGACCUACCCAUUGGAUAAACGACCCACGCUAUAUUCACUGGCGAAAGGCGUCUAUUCCAUUUGAGACACCGCUCCAUGUUGACAGCGAAUUUAUAACCCGAAUUGCAGACGCAGUACGUUCGUACGAAGGCCAAAUCGAUGGAUCGGUUACGUUCCGUGACCAUUACAAAGUUGUUGUUGCCGAAGCUGCCUUGCGGUUGUCAUUACCUACGUAUCCCCCAUCAGCAUACGAGAUUGCCACCGAUAAGUUCAAAACAAGUGUCUCUGAGGGGCAUCAAGCAUAUCAAGCCUCCAAUUUUGAGCAAGCUGCCAGACUUGUACAAGAGCAGAGCCUAGAGUUUCCAUUAAUCAUAAAGCCUUGCAAUGGAUUUCUCUCAGAGGGCGUGUUCAGAGCAGAGAGUCUUAGACAGAUUGAGGCCGGUAUACAAGCCAUAAACACCGAAAGGCACGGCGUAGAAUUUGUAAUCGAGAAAUACUGCGAAGAGCCCGAGGUAGAUGCGAACUUUGUACUUUGCGACGGAGAAGUAAUCUUCUUCGAGGUAUCCAAUGACUUCCCUAAGGGUGCGGAUGCUAAUGGCCAAGGUAGUGUCAAGACCUUCAUCGAGCUUGCUAAUGUCCUCCCAUUUAAACUUCCAGAAAUUGAACUUGUCAUACUUCGAGACUCGCUACAACGGAGCCUACUCAGAGUUGGGUUCCGGGACGGAUUCUAUCACCUAGAAGCUCGAGUUGAAAAUUCUAGCAUGGAGUACGCGACGAAGAAUAGUGUCCUAGUUUUAACAAAGCGCACCGUUCCCGCUAAAGGGCUACCGUCUGCUUGGUUGAUCGAGAUAAACCCACGACCGCCGGGAAUCCAAGGCAUAGACUACUGGAGUCUUGGCUUACUGUUUCCGCUCAACGAGAGUUUCUAUACUCUAUAUGAAUAUCGAACUAUAUAUUUUAUUGGAGAACUAUUUUGUAGUUGUAAUUGUAAUUGUAAUGGAAGUUUGAGAGGUAAAGUAAAGUCAAUUGAUGGGCAAAUGGUAAGCUUUGAUUAAGGCUGAAAGAGAUGUAAAAGAAGAGAUGAAGAUGUGACGUCAAUCUUUAAGCUAACUGAGCUUAUUAGCGGCAGAUCCCCUGACGAGCUGCUAGAGCUGAGGCAUUCGAGAGCUCUAAUUGGUUAGCCCUAGAGACGUGGCUUCUUCUGCCGCGUCGUCUAGCACCUGCUGCUUGAUCCUCU